GAUGGGGUCGCUGUCUCACGGAAACAAUAUGCCGAAGGAGGUCCUUUGAUGUCAGCCGAUGCUGCAGCUGGAGGUCAUCCAGCGACCGCAUUGGCUUUGGCCGCCACGAAGAGACCCGCUUCCUUUGCAGGCCCUCGCGAUGAAUACAGAAAGGAGCCACCCCGACGGUUCGUGGACACGGCCUUGGCCCGCAGUCGCAAGACAGAGGAGGUGCCUCCAGCGCGCUCCGGAAGGGCCGCGUCAGAAGGCUGCACUCGACGUCGGGCAGCAUCCACCGGCAAAGCAGGUCCUGUGCGGCCGAGAGCAGUCCCAAGCACUCGUGGCUGCAUGUGGGUGGACGAGAGGAGCCAGGUGCAGGAGUUGCUCGCGGUCAAGCCAAGAGGCAACACCACGCCCAAAGGUAGGCAUGGAACAAGCCAGCCGCUGGUCCCCAUCCAAGCUGAUGCCGCCGAUGUCGGGGGCGCGAAGCCCUCCCCGCGGGACUCCGAGAUCUAUGAUCAGGUGUCAUCGCUGGUGGAGGCCGGCUGCCAGAUAUUUUUCCAGAAGUUCAAAUAUCGCUCAGCUCAGUAUUGCUCAUGA